AUGGGCUCGAAAAAAAAGGAUCAGACCACUGUUAGUGGUGGUAAUAAUACCAAGAACUCUGAUACUGCAUCUAUAUCGAAAUCCAAGCCAUCCACUCCUAGUUCGUCAGGCUUCUCAUUCUCCACAGAAAAAUGGCUGUUAAGAGAUCCUCCUGAUGCCGCUAACUGUUACCGCUUCUGGCUUUGGGCGGUUACCGGUUUAGCAUUUUGCGCUAGAUUUUACAAGAUAUGGUAUCCUAAGGAAGUUGUCUUUGAUGAAGUUCAUUUCGGUAAAUUUGCGUCUUAUUAUUUGGAAAGAAGUUUUUUCUUCGAUGUGCAUCCUCCACUUGCUAAGAUGUUAAUCGCGUUUAUUGGGUUUUUAAGUGGUUAUGACGGCUCUUUCAAAUUCGAUGAAAUUGGUCACAGUUAUGUGCAGAAUCCUGCUCCAUUUCUGCAAUACCGUUGCUUCAAUGCCUUCUUGGGGACCAUCACAGUGCCAUUGCUGUUCAACACUUUGAAAGAAUUCAAUUUCAAAGCUAUCACUUGUGCAUUUGGUGCUCUUUUGGUGGCUAUCGAUAACGCGCAUGUUACUGAAACAAGAUUGAUUCUACUAGACGCAUUCUUGAAUUUCACUGUGGCACUUUCAGUCUACACCUAUGUGAAAUUCUACAAAGCGCAAUUGACUAGUCCAUUCUCCCUGAAAUGGAACCUGUGGUUAUACGCAACUGGUCUUUCAUUAUCAUUAGUUAUCUCUACAAAAUACGUUGGUGUCCUGACAUAUGCCAUGAUCGGUUCUGCAGUUGCCAUUAAUUUGUGGCAAUUACUCGACGUACGUGCUGGUUUAACCAUCCGUCAAUUUGCUAGCCAUGUGGUGAAGAGAUUGAAUGGUUUCAUCUUUGCUCCCUUCCUCGUGUAUCUGUUCUGGUUCUGGGUCCAUUUUGCCAUUUUGACGAAAUCCGGUUCUGGUGACAAUUUCAUGUCUGGUGAAUUCCAAGAAACUUUGGGUGAUUCGCCUUUGGCAAAAGAAUCUAGACAAGUCAACUACCACGAUAUUAUCACUUUGAGACACAGAGACACUAACGGUUUAUUGCAUUCUCAUUUGUCUCGUUAUCCUCAACGUUACGAGGAUGGUCGUAUCUCUUCUCAAGGUCAACAGGUUACUUGUUACUUUUACGAAGAUGCUAACAACCAGUGGGAAAUUGUGCCAGUCAAAGAAUUACCAUCACCAUCAGGCCAACCACUUUUGCUCAAUGAAGCCUUCAGAUUGAGACACGUUAUGACUAACAGUUACUUGUUAACUCACGACGUGGCAUCUCCAUACUAUCCAACAAAUGAAGAAGUCGUUACUGUCUCUGAGGAAGAAGCCAACGGUGCAGAUUAUCAACAAACUUUGUUCAUGUUCCAAGGUUUGAGUAAAAGAGAUGCAGGUUCUAUUGUGAAAUCAAAGGGUACUUUCUUCCGUAUCUUCCACGUUGAUACCGCUGUGGCUCUUUGGACCCACAAUGACGUCUUGUUGCCAGAAUGGGGGUUCAACCAGCAAGAAGUCAACGGUAACAAGAAGGUUACUGACCCAGACAACAACUGGUUUGUGGACACCAUUGUGAAUAUUGAUGAAGAAAGAAAGGCUUACGUUCCAAGAGAAGUCAAGACGUUGCCUUUCUUCACCAAGUGGGCCGAAUUACAAAGGUUAAUGUUUGAACAUAACAACAAAUUAUCCGCAGAUCACCCAUUCGCCUCUCAACCAUACUCUUGGCCAGGUAGUAUGAACGGUGUCUCAUUUUGGACAAAGGAUUCUGAAAGGAAACAAAUCUUCUUCAUCGGUAACAUUAUCGGUUGGUGGUUACAAGUGAUUUCCCUAGCCACAUACAUUGGGAUUGUGAUCGCAGAUUUGAUCAGUAGACAACGUGCAUACUAUGCAUUGGGUAGAAUCACUAGAGAGAAAAUCUAUGGACCUCUAAUGUAUUUCUUUGUCGGUUGGGGAUGCCACUAUUUCCCCUUCUAUUUGAUGGGUCGUCAAAGGUUCUUACACCAUUACUUACCAGCCCAAUUGAUCGCCUCUAUGUUCACUGCUGCAUUGUGGGAAGUUAUCUUCAGCGACUGUAAAUCCUUAGAUCCUGAAAAGGAUGAAGAGCAACCCAACACCAAUUACAACAAUACCCCAGAGGUUAAAACCAAAGUCUUGUACAUUUUCUUUGGCAUCAUGGCAGUGGCUAUCGUGUGGUGCUUCUGGUUCUUCUCUCCAUUUGUAUAUGGUGAUGUGACCUUGACCCCACAACAAGUUGUCGCCAGAAAAUGGUUAAACAUGGAGUUGAACUUCGCCAAAUGA